UCAGCUACGAGCCCCAAACCUACGGCUGGGACCAUCCGCCGCACAUCGCCGCCAUCCCGCCCUCUACCCGCUCCGAACGGCGCCAGCCUCAACACCCAAGGAAUCCCCCACCCGCCGGCGGUGCCAUGGCGGGGACACCUCCCUCCCACCCUUCACCCCACGCCAUUGCUCAUCAACUCACCCCCACGGCGACGAACCAAUAUGGCGGCAAAAGAGAAAGCUACCGCGCUGCCUUCCGGGAUGUGGGCUGGGAAGGACCCUCCUCGAGCGGCCGCGAGCACUGCCUGAGAGGCCGAAACAGAGGCGACCCAGCGGGCAAGAACACAGAGACUAAAGAAAUGGAAAAACUCAGUCAUCUGGAAGCUCUGCUGUUUACUGCUGUGCUGGAGACUUGUGUUGAUCAGCUCUCAAUUCUUGGAUAUAUUAUGCCGGUUUCAUAUGAGGGCCAGACAGACCUCGGCCAUUCUGGCAUUCAAGAAAUGAAAGAAAUCUUAGAGGCUCUGAAGGAGCUGGAGAGUAACUACCAAGAGUCAGCAAAGCAAGGAAGUAGGGAAAAAGUUACUUCCAUGUCUCUGAAAGGCAUUGCACACAAGCAGCAGCGGGGGAAAACUGAAGAGCUAAAAAGUACCCGUCAUCUUUCCAAUAGGGCUGUGAAAAACAGUGCUCUGACCAUAGACAGUCUCCGAAAAAUUCAAGCUGACAGGCAGUAUGCAAGUGAUGUAAUUACAGCCACUAUGAAAAGGAUGCAGGAAUCAGGAACAUUCAGUAGCCUAACAGAAGCUAAUGAGAGAGAGGAGGCAAAAAAGAGCAAGUUUCACAAUGUCCUCAUCAGGGAACAGGAAGGAAAGAAGCAGAUAAAGUCACUUGAGAAACAGCUGCAAGAUGUCAAGAAACAAACUGAAACAGAACUUAAGAGCCGAGAUGCUAUGAUUCUUAACCUCAAAGACGAGCUCCAAGAGAUAAAAGCCAAAGUGAGCAUGGAGAGCUCCUAUGUGAAGAAAAGCACUGACCUCCAGGCCCAUGAAACCCAGAAGAGGUGUAACAAUGCAGAGAAUAUCCUGGACAAGGAAAUUCAGAAGCUGAAGAGCAAAACUGAUGAGGAGAUUCGAGUCCACAUGGAGAUUGAAGAUUUCCUAAGGCAAAACCAUAAGAAGGUGGAAGAGAAGCUGGAAUUCUGGGUGGACAAAUAUGAAAACGAUACAGAUGCUAAAGACAAAGAGCUGGAUGCUCUAAGAGCAUUAAAGGCAAACAACUUGGAAAUACUGCAGGGACUUGCCAAGGAGUGCCAGACAUUUGAGAAAACCAUCAUCACUGACCGGGCAGAAAAGGAUGCUAAAAGAAAACAAAUAGAGCAGGAUGCCUUGGAGCUGAAGAGCACCCUGAAGCUGCAGUCCUGGUGGAGAGGUACAAUGGUCCGCAAGAACCUUGGCCCCUACCAGAGCCUCAAGAAGAAGAUGGAAAAAAAGAAAUCAGACCACAAAGAAAAAGGGAAAAAGGAAAAAGCUGGAGCUAAGAAAAAAAAGUGAUAAGAAAGUGGCCACAGAAAUGCUCCACGGCUGUUGCUAGGCACGGCACUGCUGUUGGUCUGUCUGACACAAUGAAAUAAACCAAGUUCUCGAGCUA